AUGUCCUCCAAUGAUCCUAACUCUUAUGGCACAGAUGAUGCUUUCGACGAAUAUAUUGACAUGGAUUUCUUAAAAAAUGACACAAUGGAGGAAGACGUUGAUAUUGGAAACAUGUCUACUUCUGAUCUUUUUCGUUAUUAUUUAGAAGGAGAAUUGGUCAGGGACACUACAAACGUUGACUCAACGAUUUAUACAACACCCAUGCAGAAUGCUACGGAUGACUUUUCGAUGGUGUCAAGUCCUAACUCCGUAACAGAAGAACCUAAAAUGAAUUCAAUAAAUCUUGUAGAAGAGCCCAACGUACUUUCUCAGUCGACAAAUGUGUCUAAUGAGGUUGGGCCUUCGUUGGCUAUGUUAAAUGCGCAAUUAGCCGAGUUAUUGUCGAAACUUCCUUCAUUUAAGCAAGAGUCAUAUACUGACAGCAAAGCUCCGACUUUGUCUGGCUCUACAUUACCAACAAAGAAUAAUCCGCAGUCUAAUAUUCUUGCUACACUCAAGUUAUCUGCAACUCCUAAUAAUAAUAAAGAAAGUGAUCAUGGUAAACUCGAUGAUAAUGCACAAAUUGAUUUAAAAAAAUUAUCAUCAAAAGAGCGACGACAACUUCGUAAUAAAAUAUCAGCUAGAAACUUUCGUGUUCGAAGAAAAGAAUACAUUCAAAGUUUAGAAUCGACGAAAGAGCAACAACAAGAAGAAAUAAAUUUACUUCGACAAGCUUUGAUGCAUUUGCAAGAAGAAAAUACAAGAUUGAAACAAGAAGUUGAAGAAUUGCGAAAACAGGCCAAGAAGCCAAUUAAUCCACCUCUCUCUCCACCCCACAGUUCAACAACAGCUAAAAGCAAUGCUCAACGUUCUAAAGCAUCUCAGUCAUCAUCCUCUGAUCCUCGGUAUCUUAUUCCUGACGUUAAUAAAGAUAAACUAUCAUCAUCAUCAUCUACAAACCAGAGUGCAUGGCAAGAUCCUCGCGUUAGGGUACAAACAACGCUUAUUCCUGAAUUCAAUCUUGAUAAACAUUUGUUUGAAGAAAAAUCCGCAUUUCCAUAUUCUAACAUUUGGAAUGGUUCUAUGAUUGGACAACCUUCCCUGAGAGAUGUUUUUGCAUUUGAUCAAAGGACUUUGUUCGCUUAUCUGUUGAUUAGUACAGUAAUGCAACGACUUACCACAUUGUUUAUUGAAGCAGUAUGUGCCACUCCUCAAAAUAAAAUGAUUGCCGCAUUGUUUCCUCCGGAAACCUUAACUGAAAGUCAGCAAUCUCUGGAGAUUGUCGACGAAAAAGAUGGUAUACCGGAUAAAAUUUCUGAACAACAAGCUUCUGUGCUCGAUUGGCUUUAUGAUACAAUGGUAAAACAUGUUGCCGAACAGAGUAAGGUAGAAGCCAGAAUUAUGGAACUUAGUGAUUGGGUUGGAGAAGAAUGGGAUGAUACUCUAAGUCGAUUUGCUCUUGCAUUAUGUCAAUGUGAGUUAAGGGACCGAACAAUUCGUAGGGACCUCAAUAUCCUUUUAUUACGUAGCAAAAAAUAUUAUGGCUCUACGAACCUUAAACUUUAUGCUAUAAAAGAACAUGCAAAAACAAGAGAUCACUUAAAAUCAUAUAAAAAAGAUGAAAUUAUGAGUGUGCUACCAGAACAUAUUAUAAGUUUAAUGAAAAUAAUAUAUUGUAUGGCGAAAGAAGAUCUUCUGUUAAAUAAAUUUAAGCAUCUUACUCAUCUUGGACAUGCUAUUGAAGCCCCACAUUUGAUAUCUAAAAACCAUCCAGUUACCUAUGAAAAUAAUAUGUGUGGUCGGGAAUUAUUAUAUUCUAUAUCUUCUUCAAUUGAAGAUAAUAUCUGGAAAGAAUUAUCUCUUGCAUCAGCUAUUGGAAUCAUAGUCGAUGAGAGUACUGAUAUUGCUAUGGAGUCACAUGUUAUAAUUUACGUUAGAUAUUUCAUUAAUAGUGUUGUAAAAAUACAAUUUUUAAGUCUAUUAAAAAUUGAAGUCAAAGAUGCAAAGUCAAUAUAUAAUGUAAUAAUUAAACCAUUUAUUGUAAAAAAAGUAGAUCAUAAAAUUUUUUCAUUUACUUCAGAUGGUGCAAGUGUAAUGCAAGGAAAUAUUUCAGGCAUUGCAACACGAAUAACUAAAUUAGAAAAAACCUAUUUAGAUCUUAAUAAUAAUUGUUUUAAAUUAAGUACUAAUUUAAACAAAUUUUUUAUUUCUACUCUUCCUAAAACAAAUACAAAAAUUGGUUCAUAUACACUUACUUGGAUAUUAAAUCAAGAAAAUGAUUUAAUAGUAGAUAUAAUAAGUUUUAUAUCUAUAUUAAUUUUAGAAAUUCAAAAUCAAUUUUCAAAUAAUCCUUUUGUUGAUGCUAUGAAGAUAUUUAAGUUGGCUGAUUGGUCAUUAAAUAAUCAAAACAUAACAGAAUUCGGUAAUGAAGAAUUAGAAUUAUUACUUAAUUUUUAUAAAGAACCUUAA